UUACACUGUUCUUCAGUUGUUCUCAAUCUGUUCUUGAUGGACUAGUGGAGAACCCAAAAAUGGUGGUAAUACCAGUUACACUAAAGGGCCCCAACUAUCUAGUAUGGGCUAGACUUGCUAAAACAGCUCUUGGAGGCAUAGGCUUUUGGGAGAUUGUUGAAGAAGGCCGCAACACCAAGAAAUCUAUCCUAGGAGAGGAUGGCAAAGAAGUGGUGAUUGCGGAUGCUGGAGAUAAGAAGAAAGGUCAAGAGGAUCUAAUGGUACUGUCUAUCAUCCAGAACAGCCUUGCAGCUCCACUCCAAGAGGCUUAUGCAUACUGUGAAACCUCCAAGGAGCUGUGGGAUACUCUCAAGAAGGUGUAUGGCAACCAGGCUAACAUCAGCAAGGUGUUUGAGGUUAAGAGAGCCAUCAAUACUCUCAGUCAAGAGGACAAUGACUUUGAUAAGCACUUUGGGAAGUUUAGAUCCUUGUGGUCUGAACUUGAAAUGCUUAGGCCAGGAACUGUAGAUCCGGAUGUACUCAAUGAAAGGAGAGAACAAGAUAAAGUCUUUGCUUUGCUGUUUACUCUCCACCCCGGAUACAGUGAUCUCAUCAAGCACAUCUUAAGAAACAAGUUGCUGCCCUCUCUAGAUGAGGUAUGUGCUGAGAUAGAAAAGGAGCAAGGCUCCGUGGGUCUCUUUGGCAAGAAAGGCGAGCUGGUUAUAGCAAAUCAGGCUGAAGGAGCAGAGAACAAACCUGAGGGAGUGGCUAACAAGGGGUUUUAUAAACCAGAAGAGAAGAAGGUGUGGGUAUGUGAUCACUGCAAGAAGAAGGGACAUGGCAAGGAUAAGUGCUGGAUAGUUCACCCACAUCUCAAGCCUCAGAAGUUCAUGGCUCCUUACACUGAUGCAAUGGCGAAUUACUCUGGUGAGAUAGGAGAGCCAUCUUCUUCUCAACGUGCUGGUGCUGCUGGAGAUUGCAAGGCACAGUCAUUCAGUGGCUAUACAGCCGUGAGAACUGGCCAGGAUGAGGCUAUCAACAAAUCUGACAUUGCAGCCUUCAUAUCAUUUACCUAGUACUCUUAUUACUACUCUUAAUGCAUCUCAUAAAUCUGUGAUAGUGUUAAGCCUCUAGUUAUAGACUCAGGAGCUUCCCACCACAUGAUUAGUGAUGCUAGAUUGAUUAGUAACAUAGAAAAUGUACUAGAAAAUGUCAUGAUUACAAAUGGAGAUAAAAUACCAAUUAAAGGUGUAUGAACUGUUAAACUGUUUGAUAAAGCCUCAAAAGCUUUUUAUAUGCCUACAUUUGCUUCAAAUUUAUUAUCUUUCAAGAGAGCUACUACUGAUUUAAACUGUAAUGUGAUCUUCAGUCCUAAUGAGGUUGUGUUUCAAGAUAUUGAGACUCAUAAGUUGAUUGGAAAAGGUGUUACCAAGGAGGAUCUAUACCUACUUGAAGACAUCAAGAUUGUUUCAAAUUUAUCUUCAGCUUUUAGUUCAAUUCCUGUUUUAGAUUAUGAUGUAUUAUGGCAUGCUAGACUAGGCCAUCCUCAUUCCCGUGCACUGAACGUAUUGCUACCUGAUGUUUCCUUUAAAAAUGAUGGCUGUGAAGCAUGUAUUCUUGGCAAACAUUGCAAGACUGUCUUUCCUAAGUCAUCUACUAUCGAUGAAAACUGCUUUGAUCUUAUACAUUCUGAUGUCUGGACUGCACCAUGCAUAUCUAGGGAGAAUCAUAGAUACUUUGUCACUUUUAUAGACCAAAAAUCAAAAUAUACCUGGCUGACUAUGAUUCAAACUAAAGAUAUGGUCCUAGAUGCUUU